AUGUCAAAACUGGACUCUAAACUACUUGCUGUGACUCCGAUCACUGUCGACCCGCUCCAAAUAGCAAAAGAGUCCCUCAAGAUGUUUGAAGUAGAGGCUCGAAGGGUUGAUAUCGAUUUGCGCAUGAAGGUCGACCAGAGCUAUGAGGACUUGGGGUUGGAAUUCCUCGAGUUGGAUCCAUCGCGUCUUAAACAAGUCCUCAUCAAUCUCCUUACCAACGCCCUGAAAUUCACAAAAUCUGGGAACUUGAGGCACGUGACGCUCACAGUGAGCGCGUCAAUUGCAAGGCCUACAGACUCCACUUGCUCAGUGCAGUUUAUACCCCGGUCACAAGGACACGAGUACCAACAACCCCCCAAUCCCCAGGGCACAGAUCCGGUCUAUGUCCUAUUUGAAGUGAAAGAUACUGGCCAAGGCCUGACAGAAGAAGAGAUGAAAAGCCUGUUCCAGCGAUUCAAACAAGCAUCGGCUAGAACACACGUCAAAUAUGGAGGGUCUGGACUGGGCCUUUUCAUCAGCAGGAGGCUGUGCGAGAUGCACAACGGACAGAUCGGUGUCGCCUCGCUUCCCGGAGUUGGUUCGACGUUUGCGUUUUAUGUCGAGUCACGCCUACCCAGUGAGGCGUCCCUACGGGAGGCUAGGGCGACAGCGCGAACAGCCUUGAAAGCGACCAGCUUGCCCAUCACGAAAAGGGCAGAAUCCUUACAAAUAGGAACGGCGGAAGUCCCUUUGAAAAGCACGCCCAUAAAAGCCGCGACCACCAACGAAUCUGACUCCCCGGGCACGGAGGCGAAUGCGGAGACUCCCAAGAUCGAAGGUGUCCUGGUCGUGGAGGACAACUUGAUCAACCAGCAGAUUACGCGCCGAGGCCUUGCUGACCAUGGAUUCACAGUCGAUGUGGCAAACCAUGGCAUCGAAGCCUUAGAAAAGUUACGUGCCUCUGACCGAUGGCUUGGGGAUGGCCCCACCACAGUAGCCAUUUCCAAUGGCAAUUCCACGGCUGAUCCGUCGACAACUGCCCUCACAACUCCCACGACUCCGACGAAGUCGAACGCUCUGGGCCUCAAAACGGGCCUUAACCCUGCAAUCACGGUCGAUUUAACGCCGACGACGACACCAAACAAAUUCCCGCUGUCGCUCAUCCUCAUGGACAUGGAGAUGCCUGUCCAAGACGGCCUAACCUGCACGCGACAUAUUCGAGAACUUGAGCGGCAGGGUCAAAUCCUCGGAGGAAGCAUCCCCAUCAUCGCAGUCAGUGCCAAUGCGAGGCUUGAGCAGGUCCUCGAGGCUAAGGCUGCAGGCUGCGACGACGUGAUGAUCAAGCCAUACCGUAUGCCGGAAUUGAUUGAAAAGAUGAAGAUUGUAGUCAUGCAGGCCGAACAGAAGAGCCGGAUCCCCCAAGUCGAUAUGGCUGAAGCGAUUGAAGUAGUGGAUUCGACUGGUGCCGGCGGCCCUGGACCGCCAGCAGCCGCACCAUGA